GGCUGCUGCUCAAUGGCGGAAAAGCCGAUGGUGCUCUGACCGCCUGGUCCCCCCUGGCAGUUGCGGGGGAGUUUCCUGUCGGCGCGGCUGGAGUCUCUGUUUCUCCGUGUCGGGUGGCUGGAAGAUGCUCCAGAGAGAUCAGGCUGCGGCGGAGGAGGUGGCGGCGGCCGAGUCGGCAGCGGCUCUGGGUUGGAGAGAAGGCGGCGGCGGCGGUGUGAGGGGCCGGACGGUGUAAACAGCUCGGGCGGCGGCGGUGGCCGAGCCCCCAAAGGCGAAGCGGCGGCGGAGGCGGUGUCACGUCUCGGGAGAAAGCCGGGGGCCGCGGGCGGCUGUGCGGCGGGCAAGCUCGCGAGACCUCGCCUUCCACCUUCGCCCCAGAUUCAUUACUAAACAUGGGUGCAUUUUUGGAUAAGCCCAAAACUGAGAAGCACAAUGCUCACGGUGCUGGGAAUGGACUGCGUUACGGCCUGAGCAGUAUGCAAGGAUGGAGAGUGGAAAUGGAAGACGCACACACAGCUGUUGUGGGUAUUCCUUACGGCUUGGAAAACUGGUCGUUUUUUGCAGUUUAUGAUGGUCAUGCUGGAUCCCGAGUGGCAAAUUACUGUUCAACACAUCUGUUAGAACACAUCACUACCAAUGAAGACUUUAGGGCAGCUGACAAAUCAGGCUCUGCUCUUGAGCCUUCAGUGGAAAAUGUUAAGACUGGUAUCAGGACUGGCUUUUUGAAAAUUGAUGAAUACAUGCGUAACUUUUCAGACCUGAGAAAUGGGAUGGACAGGAGCGGUUCGACUGCAGUGGGCGUGAUGAUCUCACCUACGCACAUCUACUUUAUCAACUGUGGUGACUCACGAGCUGUUCUGUGUAGGAAUGGACAAGUCUGCUUUUCUACCCAGGAUCACAAACCUUGUAAUCCAAUGGAAAAGGAGCGCAUCCAAAACGCAGGAGGCAGUGUGAUGAUUCAGCGUGUCAACGGCUCACUAGCAGUGUCGCGUGCUCUGGGGGACUAUGAUUACAAGUGUGUUGAUGGCAAGGGCCCUACAGAACAACUUGUUUCUCCAGAGCCUGAGGUUUAUGAGAUUGUAAGAGCGGAAGAGGAUGAGUUUGUCGUCUUGGCUUGUGACGGGAUCUGGGAUGUGAUGAGCAAUGAGGAGCUCUGUGAGUUUGUUAAGUCUAGGCUUGAGGUGUCGGAAGACCUGGAAAAUGUGUGCAAUUGGGUAGUGGACACUUGUUUACAUAAGGGAAGUCGAGAUAACAUGAGUGUUGUGUUAGUUUGCUUUUCAAACGCCCCCAAGGUCUCAGAUGAAGCCGUGAAAAGAGAUGCAGAGUUGGAUAAGCACUUGGAAUCACGGGUUGAAGGUGACUGGAUUCUUAAAGAACACAUAAACAUUCACAGUAGCUGCCUCACCGUGGAUGAGCGGGCGCCAGCCAUAAACAUACACGGUAGCCGCCUCACCGCGGAUGAGCGGGCGCCAGCCAGAGCCUUAGCCUCCGAUGAAGCAGAGGAAAGUGGAUCACAGGGGAAAUUGGUGGAAGCUCUCAGGCAAAUGAGAGUUAACCAUAGGGGAAACUACCGACAACUGCUGGAGGAGAUGCUGACUAGUUACAGGCUAGCUAAAGUAGAGGGAGAAGAGAGCCCGGCUGACCCAGCUGCUGCAGCUGCUUCUUCGAACAGUGAUGCUGGAAACCCAGUGGCAAUGCAGGAGAGACACACUGAAAGUGGUCCUGCUGAUUUAGACAGCCGUAAUGAAGAUGCAGGGACAAAGAUGAGUGCUGAAAAAAUAUGACCUUUUUUGAGUGAUAUUUUUGUGAUGUUGAUUUGACAGUUUUUACUUAGGAAGUGUACUAUGUGCAUUUAUAUAACCAUUUUGUUAUUUGAAUCUUGGGAAACUAGUUUUCUUAUAUUCCUAUAGCCUUGUUUUUUUAAAGGCCUUUGCAUACACCUUUAUGAUAGUUUAAGAUUGACUAUUUAUAGUAUUUUGAAUUUAAUGAAGUUAUAUGUCCUUUCACAUUGUAUGCCAGAAAAUAGGUUGUCAUUAUUAAAUUCAGUAGUUUAAUUCUUAAUAACUAGGAUUAGAGAUUACUGAUUGGAAAGACAACUAUUCAUUGUGAAAAAACAACCUUGUUAAUGUAGAAUUGACGCUGCUUAUUUUAUACACUCAUGCCUUGCAUAGUUAGCAUUGUAAUCCGUCUGUAUUUACUUAUCAUCUUAGUUCUUCAAGAAUGGCUAGAAUUGGCCUAUAACUUUUCUUUCAGAGUUGAUAAUCUGUGUGUUUUGAUUUGUUUAUAUUUUACAUUUCUGUAGUUUUAUUUUUAGAAUUUAUUGAGAUACUGGAUGUGUGGUUAUUUUUCCUUUCUCUGUAUUCUUUAUGAAAAAUUUUUUUAAAGAACUAUGUACUUUUCAUAUAGCUUUCAUUUGUAUAUUCUGUAUAGCCUACUAAACACACAAAAAUGUAUGUCAACCACAUGUUUAGAAUGAAAUGAUCAGUGUUUACGUCCAAAUAAAGCAUGUGAUGUGGAAUCAUCUA